GUCAACGCCGGCCCAGUCUUGCCAUCCUCUUCCGCACGCGUCGAAUUUCUAGGGUUCAAAUCAAGUCGACCUUGUCCUCCUCGCCCUAUCCUGUCCCCUCCCCUGCUCUGUCUCACAAGCAAACCCUAAUCGAUUGCCACGGAGCCCUAGCAAGUUCCUCCCCGGCGGAUAGCUUGGAGGCGCGAACCACUUAGCGGGAGCGGGCGUGCUCGAGACUCCAGCCUCCGGAACUGAAAAAUCCCGCGACCGCUUUCGUGGUGGCAGGAGGUGAUGAGAUCUUCGGGAGCGCGUCUCGCUCGGUCCUAAGAUGCUGCUAGCCGGCGGCGGUGGCAGCAGCAGAGGCGGCAGCUCACAUCUCACCUCCCACAAGGAACUCCUGCUCGGCCGCGGAGGCCGGAGCUUCCUCUUCGGCAACACCUGGUUCAUGCUCUCCACCUACCCGGCACGCCUCCUGCACACCGCCGACCGCCGUGCGCCCGCCGCUGCUUUCGUCGCCGCCAUCCACCGGACACCCUGCGUGCGCUCGCACGGCACGGGGCAGGGCUUGCUGCAGCGGGGCAUUGUUAUGGCUGCCUGCGGCUAUGUUUUCGGGCGAGCUGAGCUGGGUGCCGCCAAGCGCCAACUGGAGAAGGACUCGUCUGUAGGCAACCACACCUCCCGUAUUGUCGCCAUGGGAUCAGUUGGGAGUGCAGCGAGGCCGGAGGUCUCAUUUAAGUAUAGAGGGGUGGAGUACUAUAAGAAGGUUGGCGCGAACUUGAAAUGCCGUGAGCAAUGGGGCUCGGCUAGAACAUUCUGGACUAGUGCAGCUGGGCCAGGUUCGAAGCUGAGCUUCUCAGUCGAGCCAUGGACUCGGGACUUGAGCACGUCAUGUGUGGCACCGUAUUCUGCUGGAGCUACAGAGCGUCAACAUACACUCGAUGAGGCAGUACAGGAUAAGCAAAUGGACACGGCCUCUGAUGGAAAGUCACCUGCUUCUAAAGCACUGAAGCUGCUCUCAGGUUCUUGUUACCUGCCUCACCCUGCUAAGGAAGCAACAGGUGGUGAAGAUGGCCAUUUUAUUUGCGUCGAUGAACAGGCAAUUGGUGUGGCAGAUGGUGUUGGUGGUUGGGCAGAUCACGGUGUUGAUGCUGGACUAUAUGCGAAGGAGCUAAUGAGUAAAUCAAUUGGUGCUAUCAAGGAUGAACCGGAAGGUGCAAUUGACCCAUCAAGAGUUUUGGAAAAGGCUUUUAUCAGCACCAAAGCAAGGGGAUCAUCGACUGCAUGUAUCAUCGCUCUUACAGAGCAGGGUAUUCACGCUGUAAAUCUUGGGGACAGUGGCUUCAUAGUAGUCAGAGAUGGACGUACUGUUCUGAGAUCACCUUCACAGCAGCAUGAUUUUAAUUUUACUUAUCAGCUCGAGAGUGGGGGUGGCAGUGAUCUUCCUAGUUCUGCUGAGGUAUUUCGUUACCCGGUUGCGACUGGCGAUGUCAUUAUUGCUGGCACGGAUGGGCUUUUCGACAAUCUUUACACCAAUGAAAUUACUACUAUCGUUGUUGAGGCUGCGAGGGCCGGACUUGGGGCUCAAGCCACAGCACAGAAAAUUGCUGCCCUUGCUCGGGAAAGAGCACUGGAUAAAAAUAGGCAAUCACCCUUUGCUGCUGCUGCUCAAGAGGCUGGAUACCGGUUCUAUGGUGGGAAGCUUGAUGAUAUCACGGUUGUCGUGUCGUACGUGACAAGCGCCACAACCUUGUGAUGCGAGCCUUUCAUUUCCUCAUGUGUUGUACAUAACCUUGCCCCAAACUGAUGGAGCCCUUAUGCACCGGGGAGUAGAUACCUGGAGUGAGGUAGUGUUGGGGAUAUCCUGACACCACCAGAUUGCUUCCUGUUUUUGGAGUCUUGAGGUUGCAUUUUAGCUCAGGAUCGUGGUGAAAAACCAUGUCCAUUGUACUCAUUUUUUAGCGCUGCAAGAGAUACUUCCUUGAAAACUACUCUGUUGCUGGAAACACGUCUUUUUUUUGUAUGCCAUGUGUGUAGUGCUGCUAGUUGUUCACUUAUUUGC